AUGUCGUUCAAUUCUGCAACCAGCCGCGACAUCACCACGGUCGAUCCUCUCUCCACCUCAACAUCAAGUCGAUCGAUCGCUAUCGCUAUCGCCACGUCUCCCUCCUGCUCCUCAUCUCGAAGAGAGAGCUUCAACGCUCCGUCCUCCAUCUCAAAUCCAUACUCAUCCUGCGCCUACUCGAGCUGGCAAUCUUCAUCCACUGGCCACACGAGCGCAUAUGUCAGCGAUGAGGACCUGUGGGGCAACGACGAUGAAGCAUAUCUGAGUGAGCCACCGCCGCCACCGCGCUCGGCUGAAGUUUGGCUUGCCCGACCUUUACUGCCUCCCGUCGUUCCGAUCAAGCCCAGACGCUGCAGUACGGAGCCCAAGAAAGAACGACGCAGUAGCUCCACUUCCAGCAAGCGCAAGACCUGA